AUGUUACAAGCUAACAGUCUAGAUUUUGGUAUGGAGGUUCCUGGGGGUGGUUUGGUGUCUUUGGCGUUUAAGAUUGUAAAGACAGAGGGCGUACUUGCAGCUUAUGCGGGGCUAACUGCGUCGCUGCUAAGACAGGCAACAUAUUCAACCGCGCGGUUUGGUGUUUAUGAAGAGUUGAAAGAGAUAAUGACAGCCCACUCUAGAGAUCACCCAUCUACCUUUCAACUACUGGCAGCAUCUAUGGUUGCUGGUGCGGUCGGUGGUGUUGUUGGAAACCCUGCGGACGUUGUGAAUAUUCGAAUGCAAAAUGAUAAUAGUCUUCCGGAAUCUCAAAGGAGACAUUACAAGCAUGCAUUGGACGGUCUCCAAAAGAUAGCUAGAGAAGAAAACCUGACUGCGUUAUUUAGGGGACUUGGACCCAAUUUGGCUCGAGGCAUUCUGAUGACUGCCUCGCAAGUUGUCUCUUACGACGUGGCCAAGAAACUGCUUGUUGAAAAGCUAAGCAUGGAUCCGAAAACUAAAGCGACCCAUUUUUCUGCAUCGUUAAUUGCUGGUUUAGUAGCGACGACUGUCUGCUCUCCAGCAGAUGUUCUGAAAACGAGAAUUAUGAAUAGCUCAGGCACUGGUCAAGGCUCUUUUGGUAUUCUCAAGGACGCCAUAUCUAGAGAAGGUUUGGUAUUCAUGUUUAGAGGAUGGACCCCUGCAUUUAUUAGGUUAGGACCACAUACGAUUUUAACUUUCAUUGCUCUGGAAGAGUUGAGAAGGUUGAAGAUUGGUCUGUAA